AUGCAACACACCAACGACCGCUACCGCUGCAUCGGCAAAGGCUUCUGCGGCAGUGUCUGGACUCUCGAAAGCACCACCCCCCAAACCGCCAUCAAGCGCGAAGAUGGCGGACCGGGACGCUCAGUCACAAAUGACUACAACAUGCACGUUAAAGUAGUCGAGAGCGCGCAGCAACACGCUCCCUCAACCCCGCUCUGCAUACCGCAAUGCCACCGUCUAAUCCAAGCCACAGACCCCUGGUGGCACUCGAACCUAGUCCAGUUCCCUCGAGGCUACUCAGCAUGCAGAGCCCUACAAUCCGAGCGCAUCCCCAAAGUACCCCGGUCCAUCAGCAACAAGAUCGUCGACCUCUUCUGCGCAGGCAACACUCCGUUGUGCGACUUUAUCAAGAAUAACCCAGAUGACGACGCAUGUCUGAUUCGACCGUACCUGGGGCGCCGCCGCCGCCGCCGCUGCCACAGGCAAGAAGGCGCGAGCCAAUCGCGGUUCCAACGCUUCAGUCUGCGCAACGUGCCGCUGCAUCUUGACCAGAUGGAGGUGCUGGGGCUGGACGUCCAGGCGUACGCUGGUGCCAUGGCAGAAGCGCUUGCGCUGAUGUACUGGGGUGCGAGGAUCGAUGCAAACGAUGUUGAGUUUGUGCUGGCUUCUGCACGCGCAGACCAUACACCUACCUUUGCGUCGGACUACUUGGGCAUUCACUGCAUGUGGAUUCUCGACUUUGAUUGCUGCCGUCCGAUUCAGGUGGAUGAAACGGGCGUUGAGCAGGCUUGCGCUGCCUUCUACAAAAAUGACCCUUUCUACCCCAGGCCGGGGUCGGGAGAGGCGGCUGAUGAGGAGCUGUGGGUGCUGUUUAAGCAGAGGUUCCUGGAAUCUAGUUGGAGGGUCAUGGGUGAAGCGAGUCAGGAUAAGUGGUUCCUUGCUGAUAUGUUGGUGGAGAGGAUUGAAGACGAGGGUCGGUCGAGGAGGAAGGAUAAGGAGGCAGGAACUUCUUAG